UGCGUCGCUGGGGGCUUGGCCCCUGCCCACGCCCAUGCAGCCGGGCCAGCCCAGGCUCCGCCCCUCCGCCCCUCGCCCUCACCGGCCCGCCGCAGCCGCUGGGUGCUGCCUGUGUCCUUUCUCCUCUGGUUCCUGAGUUUUCACAUCCACACUGCUUUUUAACGAAUGGCCUUCUUUGGCUCCUCUUGAGUUUCGGGUCUGGUUAUCCUGUAAGGCUCCUGGCCGUCGCGUGCCCCCCUUUGUCUUUAGCGGUUGUGACUGUGGGGACUCAAUCCUUAGAUCACUGGUUUUAGAAUACUUUGUCCGUCAUGGCCUGCUCCAAGCACAGUGAUUUCUGAGGGACUGGGGAGGCGUGCCGGCUGUGGGGCUCCCACAGGGGCGCUCUUACGCUGCACCAACGCAGCUCAGCACCCUGGCCCGAGGACGCCAAGGCGUAUUUGGGGAACCUCUUUUGUGUUUCGUCUGCAAACCCAACAUUGGUUGGGGAAUUGAAGGACUUUGGAGACCCUCUGAUGCGAUUCUUCUGUGCCGGUUCUGAAACAAGAAGUCCAGGAUCGUUGAGCGUCCUAACCCGGGUUCUGUAAAGGGCUGCUCCUCCGCGUCCUGCUGCCGCUUAGUAACGGAAAUAAUCAAAGGGGGGCAGGGGAGGAAGAGCGAAAUGGGAGACGCAGGAGGAUGAUGCUGACGGGGUUGACUGCCACGGAGGUAAACACACGUUUCAGAGCGAAAGGAGAGAUAACUGGUACUAAGGCCUCUGUAGCCAUGGCUAGUUCUGAUGUGAAACCAAAAUCAGUAAGUCGUGCCAAAAAAUGGUCAGAAGAGAUAGAAAAUCUGUACAGAUUUCAACAAGCAGGAUAUCGGGAUGAAGUUGAAUAUAAACAAGUGAAACAAGUUUCUAUGGUAGAUCGUUGGCCAGAAACAGGUUACGUGAAGAAGCUUCAGAGAAGGGACAAUACUUUCUAUUACUACAACAAACAGAGGGAAUGUGAUGACAAGGAAGUCCACAAAGUGAAAGUUUAUGCUUACUAGCCUUUCUUCUAUUGAUACUUAUCCAUUACACGUUAAGAAGUCAUUCUUUCGUUCUGCAUCAUGUACAUGUUUAUCACUGUACAGAAACAUUCUGAAUGCACCCUGCAGUUUAAUGUUUUGAAAUGCAAAGCCAUGAAACUGGUGGCUAUUCAUCACCCUGUCCUGUUCUGAAAUCCAACUGCAGAAGCAUUAAAGUUGUACCCUUCAUGA